CCGACAACUAUCUGUGUUUAGCAAAUAUAGGUUAGCGCUCCUGUUAUACAGACGAAAACAUGGUGUCCGCUGCGGUGCUCUUUGUUUUAAUGCUUAUCUCUGUAUGUGGAGAAGCUGCCGCAGAAAGACAACUAGUAUAUGUGACUGUGUUGUUCCGACAUGGUGACAGAUCUCCAGUCAAAUCCUAUCCCACAGACCCUUAUCAGGAGAGCGACUGGCCUCAAGGCUUUGGACAGCUAUCACAGGUGGGGAUGAACCAGCAUUUCGAACUGGGCCAAUUCCUGAGGAACCGAUACAAAGGCUUCCUGAACGACUCCUACGAGAGGACCCAGAUUUACAUUCGCAGUACGGACUACGAUCGCACCCUGAUGAGCGCUCAAUCCAACCUCGCAGGUCUGUACCCCCCCGCUGGUCAGCAGGUCUUCAAUCCAAAUUUGCCCUGGCAGCCGAUACCUGUACACACAGUUCCAAAAAGUGAAGAGAAGCUCCUCUCUUACCCUCUGGAUGACUGCCCUCGCUACAAACUGUUGAUGAAUGAAACUGAGCAAACGGAGGAGUUUAUAAAUGUCACAUUGGCUUACCAGGAUAUCAUAGAUCUGGUGAAGAACAAAACAGGACUCAAUCAGACUAAUGUGGAGUCAGUCUGGAGCGUGUUCGACACACUGUUCUGUGAGUCCCGUCACAACAAGUCAGCUCCUGAUUGGGUGACUCCCGAAGUCAUGGAGAAGCUCAGAUGGCUCAAAGACUUUGGAUUUCGGAUCACAUUUGGGGUCUACAAACGACAAGAGAAGAGCCGGCUGAUGGGAGGUAUGCUAUUGGGAGAAAUAGUGAAGAGACUUUCCACAGUGGCCGUCCCAGACUCUGAACAGAGCCUGAAACUGUUGAUGCUGUCAGCGCACGACACCACUGUAGCCGCUCUUCAGGCCAGUCUGAAUGUGUUCAAUGGAAGACAGCCACCUUAUGCCUCCUGUCAUAUAAUUGAGCUUUACAGGGAGGAAAAUGGCUCUGCUUCUGUGUCCAUGUUUUACCGGAAUGACAGCACAGUGAAGCCGUACCCUCUUCAGUUGCCAGGCUGCUCCCUUCACUGCCCCCUAGAUGACUUUGUGAGAAUUACAAAGCUCUCCAUUUCAGACGAUAGAGACAAGGAGUGCCAACUGCCUUCAAAAGGGAGAGAAACGGAAGUGAUCAUCAGUCUGGCGGUAUCUUGUUCCCUGCUCAUCUUCCUCAUCGCCUUCCUCCUCGGAGUUAUUUGUUGGCAGAAGGAGCCAACCAACAACCGGGGAUACAGUCAUGUGAUCAACCAGGAUGUGGGAGACGAAUCCUGACAGAAGCAAAAGCUCCUUCCGUGGAGAUCGAGGAGCCCGGCCUCUUGGGAGAGCAGCGACGAAGAAGGACUUUGAACUCUUAGACUCCCGAGUGACCUUUCUGAUGGUUCAGGACCCACAGCAGUUAAAAUCUUUAAAGAGUGAGAUGUCGUUCAAGUGAUCUGAUUUUGUUGGGUCAGAGAGGAAUUUAAAUAAGAUUUUAGGGAAGCACAGGUUUUUAAAAUGCUUCCCUGUCACUCUAAACUAACAUGAGUGGUGAGAGACAGGUUGUUGGAGGGACCAGGACUGAUUUCCACAUGAAGAAAACACAGCAAGGAAAGGGUUCUGUGUUUUAGGUUUGACAGCGAAAGUAACUGCGUUUUGUUCUGUUUCCAAAAAGGCUCACUUUUUUAAUAGGCAGAAUACAUUUGUUUCGAAUGCACGUGUAAUCCUAAGGACCGUGAUGCCUUAAAUAUUUUUAAUAUGGGGUAUUUUUGUAGCAUUUCACAUUUUUGAGCAGCGGCACGAUGUAGAAAGUGCCACUCAUCCAGAAAGAGCUUGUUAUAGAACACAUAAUAUUAAAAAUCAUAAAAAUGAUUUGGUGUAAACAAGAAUCACAUUUAUGAUAAUGUAAAUCAGCUGAUUAGAGCUUUCAUAACAACACAAUGUAUGUUUUUAAGGGGAUUACAAGGAACACUGGAAAUCUUUACGUGUGUGUCUUUGAAUCUGGCUGCCUGUUUUGUUUUCGAACUAAUCGCUUACAAAAGAGAAGUAUUACGAAUAAGUCCAAAUGCAGGCUUUAAACAAAUCAUUUAUUUUCAGGAUUCUGGAUAUUUAAUUAGUUUGCCUGAUUUAAAUUUUUGCCAUCAGUCAUACAUAAGUAUUGUGUCAGCUCACUCUGAGCUAUCGUCUUUAAUGCUGUAUGAAGCUUUUCGUCAGACUUUGAGAAUGUGUGCUUGUUUAAGAAAAUAAAUGCUCCACCAUUGCAAAUGUUGUUUGCAGAAAACA